AUGUUUCCCCGUUUUCAGCAACUGCCACCGUACAUUCGGCACCAGAUAUGGCGGGAAGCGGCGCUGCUGGAAUGCAGGAGCUUGUGCUUUGUUCCGCCGAAGGACUUGGCUGGAUAUGAAUGCACCGACGUGUCUGAAAGCUCAGUCAAGGAGGAAGACAUCGACAUGGAUGACGGCUCUUGGCGUGAUACUCCGGCUUCGACAUAUGAUACUCCGGCUUCGACAUAUGAUACUCCGGCUUCGACAUAUGAUACUCCGGCUUCGAGAUAUGAUACUCCGGCUUCGAGAUAUAAUCCCGCUGUACUCCAUGGCCGUCCCGGUCCCAGGCCCACCGCGUCCUUUGAGAUGAGCAUUUACGACACAUACAUGUUGAGAGAAGCAUGCCCCGAGUCCAGCUACGUUGUCAAAAGUCUCGCGGAGAGCGACGGCCUUCCGAGCUGGUUCGAUUUCGAUCGCGAUACCGUCCGGAUCAAGCACGACGACUUGAGGGAUAUGUUCCACCAACACUAUCACGAAGAGUUCAACAACAUACAGCAUCUGAUCAUUACUUUCUCAAAGCAGCAAUGGGAGAGCACAGAGAUGGAUAACUUCGUACAAUUUGUACAAACGGAGAGUUCUGAAGAUUUUCCAUAUACCGAUAUUCUCCAGGCCCUGCCUCGCAAGCUCAAGAACGUCACCUUUGAAGUCGCGGUUACCGAGGGCGACGAAUAUGUGCGCGGGAAACCGUCCACAUGGAUGGCGAUGUUCAGCACAUGGUAUAGGGCACGGCUUCAUAUGAUCGACGACAGAAUGCGCCUCCGCAUCGUCCGUCGCAAGACAGGCCCGAAUGGAGUCUGGCCGGCCGAAGUUUCGUUCGUGAACGAACGCUUCGUUGACGAGGAGACGGUAGCGAGAGAAGCAGCCCAAAAGAGGGCGCUCAUGGAACAGGAAUUAGGGGAACUGUUUACGGCUCUUGGGGAACUGGACCUGGCGGAGAUGCUCAGGCUGGAGCCGGUGUCUGCUGCUGGCCGGCAAGUCGAAACCCAUCAGGAGUUUAACACUGGAAAACUUCGCGCGUCUGAUUCCAAGUACGAAGGGCGAUAA